UGGUGACGUCCACGAUGUAUAAAAGUACCGUCCACGGCCCGGGGCGGUCAGUCAACUGUCAUCUUCCAGACAUGCAGUCGUGGAUAAUACUCAGCCUAAUCGUGGCGUCUGCGUCGGCCUCAGUGGUACCUUGGACGGGCUGGGAAGACUACGGGCACCAUCACCACCACCACCACCCUGUAGCCACGUCGUACGCCAGUGUGUGGAAGGUGGACCACAGUGUGCCUGUGUGGGUGAAACCUGCGUGGCCUGCGUGGAACCCUUGGUGGGACCCUCACCACGACCACCACCACCACGAUCACCACGACCAUCACCACGGUUGGCACUGACCUACCACGACCACCAGCCAUCCGACCAAAGACAUCCGCCACUCUGCCCACUCAACUUGCUUAUUUAUUAUAUAUUAUUCGUUCUUAA